AGUGUAAAAAGUACCAAGGAGGACCUGUAAAAAGCGAUUCACCUCGAGUCAAAAGAAGAAGAAGAAGAAGAAGGAGGAGGUAAACAAGACCCAGCUGAGGGAGGCCUGAGACCCCCAGCACACGUACGGUACACGCCACACACGGCACCAUGAAGGCCUAUGAUAUAUCUGAAUAUUUUUUGGAGAUUCUCAAGAAUGACAUGUCACCAGCCAUCGGUGCCAUGAUGGCCCUGAUGGAAUCCCUGCGUCGCGAUGAUUCCACAACACUGCAAGAAUUCAUUGAAAAGAUGAAAGAGGAGCGUGAGAAGUUGAGCAAAGUGGAUGUGUCGGUAGUAUCUGUGUCAUCAGGGAGUGAGCUGUUUAUGCGGUUCAUCACCUUAGCACACCAGGAGCUGGAGCAAGCUGCGGAUUUUGCCUCAUGCAGAGAAAUCCUGUUGAGAAGAGGGGAAGAAUUUGUCAAAAACAUGCAGGAAAGUCGCAAGAAAAUACUUCGGUCAAGCACUAACCUAAUUAAGGAUGGGAUGGUUAUCCUCACUCACUCCCGAUCACGCAAUGUUUUGGCGGUGAUGUCUGAAGCCCACAAACAGGGAAGGCAGUUCAGUGUGUUCAUCACAGAGUCUCAGCCAGAUAAUGCUGGCCGGCGCAUGGCCAAGGAGCUGCAGGCUGUGGGGAUCUCAUGCAUAGUGAUCUUGGAUGCAGCUGUUGGCUACAUCAUGGAGCGGGUCAAUGCUGUCAUGCUGGGAGCUGAGGGUGUGUGUGAGAAUGGAGGAAUUAUUAACAAGAUUGGCAGCUGUAAUGUGGCAACUCUGGCUCACAUGAAGAACAAACCAGUAUAUGUGUUAGUUGAGAGCUACAAGUUCAUCCGCAGAAUCCCUCUUGACAACUCCAGUCUUCCAAAGUCAUACCUGCACAAGGCAUCAGUACUAAAGAAUGGCUCAGACCUAGACCUGGAGCAUCCCCAAGUGGACUACACUCACCCAGACAAUCUUACGCUGCUCUACACUGACCUUGGGGUGCUGCCCACCUCAGCUGUCACUGAGCACCUUAUUAAGCUGUACACGUAGACAUCAGACACAAUUCACACACAGUCUCCAAUUCAUUGUCUUUAAUGUAAACUUUUAUUCAUAAAUAUUAUUGGCCUUUA